GGCAUAGUGAACACAUGUGAAAGACGUACAGUUAAUUGUUACGGUUAAUUUUAAUAAUGGAUAUAAUAAUUGAUACGAAAGGUGAAGCAGAUUUGGUGACGAAAGAUCGUUUGGUUGAUAGUGACGAAGAUGAUUUAAAUUUCGAAAAUAGUGAUAUACAGUCAUCUACAUUUUUCGACAUAGAGGAAAAUUUAAUUAAAAAUGAAACCUCAUCCAAAAGAACAAUCCGCAAUGUAACUAAAGAUAUUGAUCUUGAGGAAUUUGAGAAAGAUUUAGGUUGGUCAAAACAAAACAGGAAUAAUAAUGUAGUGUCUGCUCCAAAUAUAAGUUGCCUUACACAAGAAUUGACACCAGCAGAAAAGAUACUUGAAAAAAGUAUUAUAAAACCUGGUUUUGAACAGUUACAAGCUGUACCCCCUUACGAACUCACUAAAAAAUUGCAAGAUUUGAAACGCAGAGAACGUGAUAAAACUAAGGGCAAGAAUUGGUUUAAUAUGGGUGCUCCUGAAUUAACGCCAGAAAUUAAAUAUGAUCUUCAAGUUAUAAAAAUGAGAUCAGUACUAGAUCCAAAACGUUUCUAUAAAAAGAACGAUCUUAAAGUAUUACCAAAGUACUUUCAAAUAGGAAAAGUUAUGGAUGCACCUCGAGACUAUUAUUCUGGACGGCUUACCAAAAAAGAACGAAAGAAAACAAUUGUGGAUGAACUGAUGGCUGAUGCUGAAUUUGCUAAAUACAAUAAACGUAAAUAUAAGGAGAUCAUUGAAGAGAAGAAAAAAUUGCAUUAUAAAGCUCAUAAACAUGCAAAAAGACUUAAAGGAAAAAGAAAAUAAUAUAUGUUACAUGCAAAUAUAUAUUUUGA